AUGGCACAAAAUAAUAAUAAUAAUAAUAAUAAUGAAACAGAUACAGAAAAAGUUGAAAGAUUAAAAAAAAAAAUUGAAAAAAUUAAAGAAGAUAGAAUUGAAAAUGAAAAUAGUUUAAAAGAUUUACGACUAUCAUCUAGACCAACAUAUUUAGCUGGUGGUAUAUUUGGCGCAGCUGCAAUUUAUUAUAAUUUAAAAAAAAAAUCAAAAUUAGCAAAAUUUUCAUUAUUAUCAUCUGGUUUAAUUGUUUUUUCUGGUCAUUUAAUUGAUCGUGGUGAGGAGAAAUUUGGAACAAUUUUAGCAGGUGGUGUAUCAGCAAUUUUAUCAGGAACAACUAUAGCAAGUGGAUUUAAAAAUAAAAAAAUAUUACCAUUGGCAUUAGGAACUGUUGCUGUUGCAUCAAUGAGUUAUCAUGGUUUCUUUUCAUUAUAUAAUAGUUUGGAUCAAGUUAAAGAAUUAAUUGAUACUCAUGAUGAAAAUGUAAAAAUUAUAAAACAACAAAAAUAA